AUGAUACCAAUUGAGGAUAAUAUCACUACUACUACUACUACUACCACUACUCCUAAUCAUAAUCAUACUAAUAUGAAUAAAAGUAAAGAAUUGCUAUUUUCAACACCAUUUGUAAACACAAUGAUUAUAAUUGGUAUUUUUUUAACUAUAUGCAGUAUUUGUACAAUAAUUGGUAAUCUUUUAGUAGUUUUAGCUAUUGGAUUAGUCAAAAAAUUACGUACACCAAGUAAUUUUUUAAUUGUUAGCUUAGCUGUAAGUGAUUUAUUAGUUGGUUUAUUAGUUCAACCAUUAGCUACAUUACGUGAAUUAUAUGGUUAUUGGCCAUUUGGUGAAGGUAUGUGUGAUAUGUUUAUUUCAUUUGAUGUAUUAAUGUGUACAGCGUCAAUUUUAAAUUUAUGCGCUAUAUCAAUUGACGAUAUUUAG